AUGGAAUAUUAAUUUAGAAAAUGUUUUAAAGAUGUAAAUCUAUUUACUAAUAUAAUCAUAAUUUAUAGUUACAAUGAAUUAAAAUUAAAUAGAUUUGAAUAAUAUUAUAAGACUUUAAUUUUAUAGGUGUGA